AUGAACCAGCAGGAUUACCUCGGUCUUUCCACUCAGGAGCCUCAUCGCGUUGUCUCCUUUCCUGCGUCGCAGUCUCUGCACGCGUCUGCCGCGUCUGCCUCCGGCGCUAUAUCGACGGGUAUUCCCCAAUUAGAUGAGGCCAUCCGUCUGCCUUCCCCGGAGGAUGUGCCGGGACGUACUAGCGAUAUAGACUCCAAUGGAAUACCAUGUGGACAUGUCACUGAGGUAUUCGGCCCUCCUGGGGCUGGGAAAACAUCACUGGCUCUGAGCGUUGUCACAUCGGCUCUCCGGAAUGGGGACAAAGUGAUAUGGAUCGAUACGGGAUCUCCACUCCCGAAAGUACGCCUGGCAAACAUGCUAAAGAAGUCCUCUGAUGCCACAUCUUCUAAUACACCAGAGGACCCUAUCAAGAACUUGAUCUACUUCCAUGCAAGGUCGCUACCUCAUCUGCUAGCUCUCCUCAUCCGCCCACCCAAGGGCUUCCCCCCAGAAGAUGCGAAGCUUCUCGUCAUCGACUCUGUAUCUGGGCCAUUCCCAUCAUAUUUUCCCAAUCCAUCUGAGUUCAAAUCCCGUCUACCCCAGUCAGGAAUCACAGACAAGACACAGAUUCAUUGGUUAAUGAACCGCAAAUGGAAUGUCACAAGCGACCUGGGAAAUCAACUCGUGAAACUAGCAGCUACACAUAGCUUAGCCAUACUUCUAGUCAACCAGACACAUACCCGAAUCAGAGGCCAACCGCGUGCAACUCUGUGUCCGGUUAUCGCGGGCGGAACAUGGGAGAAUUGUGUCCAUACGAGAGUUGCCAUUUUUCGGGACUUUCUGCCCGAGGACGAGGGGGAUUCCAAGAGCAUUAGAUUCGCGGAGGUAGUGAAGAGAGCGGGAAAGACUUUGUCUUUGAGAUUGGACGAGAAUAUCGUGCCAUUCAAGAUUGAGACGGACGGUUUACGUGGGAUAGACAAGACUCCGCCUCCAGUGAUCCUGCCUCAAGAGCCAGUUGAAACGAGCGUAUCAGCUAGCCAACGGAAACGCAAAGUCGAUGAGAUUGCGGAUAGCCAGGAUGAAGAUUCCGAUGAAGAAUUCGGCUGGGUUGAAGGCGACGAUGCUGGGUUGAGUGAUGGGGCUGCUUGA